GGAGUGCAAUCAAUCGAAGCAUAUCGGCAAUGCGGUUAUUUACCCUUGUAUUAGGCCUCCUGGCCUAUAUUGUGUCGUCUGUUUCUGCAACGGCGCUGACGUACAAGCUUGAUGCCAGCGAGCAAGCUUGCUUCUAUAAAUGGGUCGACUCGCCACCGGCCAAAAUCGCAUUCUACUUUGCUGUCCAAUCUGGCGGCUCCUUCGAUAUUGACUAUUCGGUGGUUGGUCCCGGAGAGAAGGUUAUUAUGGAAGGCCAAAAGGAACGACAAGGGGACUUUGUUUUCACGGCGCAAAGUGUAGGAGAGUACAGAUUUUGUUUUAAUAACGGGAUGUCUACAUUUGCGGAGAAGAUGGUCGAUUUUGAGGUUGCGGUCGAGAACGAACAAAGAGCCCAACUCCCCUCUAAACCAGGCGCUUCCCCUGAACAAGCCUCGGCACUCGAGGACUCGAUCUUCAAACUCUCCGGGCAACUUUCAACAAUCAGUCGAAACCAGAAAUACUUCCGCACCCGUGAGAACCGAAACUUCAGCACAGUCCGGAGCACAGAGCAGCGGAUUUUCAACUUUAGCGUAAUUGAAGGUUUGAUGAUGGUUACAAUGUCUGGGUUGCAGGUGUUUAUUGUCAGGUUCUUCUUCCAGGGUGCACGGAAAGGCUAUGUGUAAUGGUUUUGUGGUGAUAUCCGGUUUUAAUGGCAAUAAUGAUCGUUUUGCGAAGCUAUCCAUGUUCUUUGGCCUUGACACUUGUGGUCUCUUCAGAUUUGUUCUUUUAGCUUUAUGGCGGCUUUUAUGUGUGAUGAUAGAACUGGGUACAGCACAUAUACUUCGUUAUUCCAGCAUCUCACCAUUGUCGGUGCUUCUCUGGGUUUUAAACCACGGCACAAAUAG